AUGCCUCCAAAUGAAUCAAUAAAUAACACAACUAACGAAGAACGGAAGCCGAGCACAGAAAAGUUGGAGAUACAUGUGGAUCCUCCGCAAGGGACAUCUACGUCUUCGAUACAGCCACCGACUUCUAUUGCUCCCGAUCUCAUGGCGUGUCUUGGAAGAAUGCUGAAUUCCCCGGGAUCGUCAACGUCCUUACCAUUUCCUUUGGGUGUGCCUACACUUCCAAUAUUCCCUCAAUUAACAAAUAACGUCUAUCCUUGGCUACUCACACCACCACUGUUGACUCCUCCGCCUAACGUGAACAGUCCGCCAAUACCUUGCCCAGUACCGUCACCAACAUUGCCCACGUUGCCCACAUUGCCCACAUUGCCAACACAGCUUCUCGACGUCAGGAAAAAUGUGGAGGCACUGGUUCACAGGCUUUUUUCGUCGGCCAUGUCGCCUCCUUUCUCUGGAAAUCAGUCGAUGGCUCAAAAUGGCAAUAAUUUGAACGCUCUUCUGAAUACCCCACAGAGCUUUGUUAACAUCCCUUUCGCCAAUUCAUCUUCUUCGAGUCAAUCGCAAGUGGGGAACGAGUUUCCGUCACCAUCCGUGGCUGAAACGGCUUCUUCGGAUAUUAAAAAAGGAUUACUUACGACGGCACCGCUCUUUAAGAGUGAAACUCGUAAUGAGCCAGUUGCUCCACAACGGCGUUUUCCGUGCAUGCCCCUGCCGUCCAUCCACCCGGUAACUCAAACAGCGAUGGCUUCUGUUUCCGGGCCGAUGCAACCGACAAUGAUGCCGUGCAAUGCCAUCGCUGGUCCAUCAAGAGUGCCGGGCGAUGCCUCCCAUCCUGUUCAAGUACAAAACAUGCCUUUUGUCCCGGGAUCAUCGAAUUCGAAAUUUCGAGAAGGGCAAGGGCUUCCGACCAUGCAUUGCGCUCCUAGUUCAUCGACCAUGUCUGUCAAUCCGUCGCUGAUUGUGCCUAACAUGGAUUCUCAGGGUUCAUCACAGCAAUCUUCUCGGCCUACGGCUAGAUAUUACCCAUCGGGCAAGAAAAUCGGUCGUCCACCAGGCUCUUAUAAACGAUUCGACCACGGAUCUUCGGCUUCUAAGAACAAGUUAACUCUAAGUGAUGUUCUGAAGAAGGAUUCUGAAGAAUGCAAUGUUUCCAACGAAGUUGUCGACGUUGAAACAUUAACCGAAGAAAAAUGCGAGUGGGACCAAUGCCAGCUUGUCUUUUCUACUCAAAAGGCUUUAGUGGACCAUGUGGCUGAAUGUCACGUGAAUAUUUCAAACCGAGACUGGGUUUGUAAGUGGAGAGACUGUGAGCGGACAGAACCAUUUCGAGCCCUCUACAUGCUCGUUGUUCACGUCCGAAAGCACACUGGCGAGAAACCUAACGAGUGCACGCAUCCGGGAUGCAACAAAUCGUACAGUCGACUUGAGAAUCUAAAAACACACAUGAGGACGCACACUGGAGAAAAGCCAUAUGCUUGUGAAAUCCCGGGAUGCCCAAAAGCAUUCAGCAACGCAAGCGAUCGCGCCAAACAUCAGAACAGAACGCAUUCUAAUUUGAAACCCUAUAUCUGUCCUGUUGCACAGUGCGGUAAAAGUUAUACGGAUCCAUCGUCAUUGAGAAAACAUAUCAAGACUGUACAUGGAGAUGAAGCAUAUGAAAAGGCGAAGAAAAACCGGCCGCACAACACUGGUGGAAGGCGAAAGAAAAACAACAACUUGUUGCAUACCAUGCCUCUUAACAUAUUGCAUUUCGCUGCAAUGCAGCAGUUACUUUUGCAGCAGCUGUCUCAAAAUGGUAGCAGUAGCGAGCCUGGUAUGGAUACGGAGACGGUGUCAAGCGCAGAUCAAGAGCCGUCAGAGGACGCGAAAGGGACGUCAAACACCUCACCGUGUAUGGAAGAUUACAAAUUGAAUCAUCUUGGUGGUGGCGAUGAUGGUACGCGUGCCAUGUCCCACAGUUCGACUGCUUCUGGGUCAGGAUCUGCUUCAGGAGCAGCUCCAAGUCCUGCGGGCUCUUCAGUGUCAUGCCAUUCCGGUGGCACUGGCGCUUCCACGACUUCAUCCAGUAGUCAUCAGCAGUCUAGCAGCUUCUUUAUCGAAAAAAUUCUGAAUGGUGUGAGCAAGGCAAACAAUUUCACUGAGCAAAAGCGCUUGUUCCGAGAGGCUUUCAAUCAUCCCGAUUUCCGUUUGGAGAUGUUGUCUGGCUUCAAUUUACCUAACUUGGAAGCUCUGUUGAAUACUAUUGAGGAACCUCAAGAGAAAACAGAUUUUUAUUCACGUAGCUCGAGUGAUUCAAGUCUCAACCAAGAUUUUGUGGCUGGUGAAAUGGCCAAAAACGCUCACUUGAAGGUGGAUGGAUUGACGAGGUAUCGUAGACAGAAGGAUGACGAAUGGUCUUCAGCGCUCGGCUUUUCCGACAGUAGUAUUUCAACGACCGGUUCCAGCUUGACAAACACAGAGACUUACGGUGAGGAUGAUGACGAAAUCGAUGAUCCUUCGCCCCUGGCUUCAAUCGAUGACCUCUUCUCGUCCCCUGACGAGGAAGGCGGUGUGCUGGUGGCUAUGCGCCAUCCAUAUCACCUUUCCGGACGCUUUCCAUGCGCUCAUGAAAAAUACAAGUUACCGAUGUUGGAUGGCGACCAGCUUGCUGAUGAACUGGGUUCCGUUUUUCUAAGCGAUGCGGCUUUAGGCGCUGAUGCCGAUGCGUCAGUAAGUACGAAUACGAAUUCAGAUGGUUUUCUGGAUGCUGAGGCGGAGAAUCCUCAUCCUUUUGUUGGAAUCCCUAUUGGUAGCCGUUCUAUGGCUAGUGAUUGUAGCUCGUCACUCAGCUCUCAGGCGCAUUAUGUUCACGGCUCAUACACCAGUAUCGAAUCACAGGUGCUGUCCGACGCUAACAACCUAGAACCAGACGCGCUCAAUCCGGAUUUUGGGCAUUAUUCGGAGACGGAAGUGCAAGGCGAAUACGUUCCUCGUGUUUCACCACCUUUGAUACCUCAUUUCGAGCAAAGUUUUAUGCCUAUGGAGCACCUCUCGGAUGCCCAUAAUUCGCCAGUGUCUGAACUUGUCCUCUCGACCGCUCCUCGUUCGGAGUGCGAGUUCACUCAUCGUCACAUGCAACUGGAACAGCAGAUUGAAGAAGAGGGAAUCAUGAUCAAUGCGAAGCUACCUCCUGCGGAGCGCCUUCUCUAUCGCCCUGGGAUGGAUAUUUUAAAUGCUGGGGUUCUCGUUCAAGCUCAUGGUCAUUGUGAACCUGUAUGGUACACUGAAGGAAAUCAAUAUAAUAUCUAUAAUGAAGCAGAGGUCAUUGAAGCACCCACCGAAGAAGUUCCCCAAAAUACGGAUGAUUUGCUCGCAACCGAGCUUGUAACAACUCCUCCGCUUUCAGAAGAUUUUGACGUCGUAAGCGAUCUCUCGGAUUUCCAUCUCGAUCGUAACAGCUUCAUUCAUGAUUACCUCGGCGAAGAUGCGUUGUCAGCUUCCAUGAGGAACUUGAAUGUCGUAUGUCCUGAGCACGACCCAAGUCUCAUUCCAGAGAAAUGA